AUGGCUUCGGUGAUUAUGGUUGUGAAGUUGGGCAGGCUUCACAUGCGGAACUUCCAACUCUGGGUGCAUGCGCUAAAGCUGGAUCCCGUACGUCACCGUAUGCGCACGGUCAGGGUCACUCCUCAGUGCGCGCUCGCAUUAAGAGAGUGGCACAGGAAGGAUCUUCUGACCGAAGGGCUGUCACCUGAAGAUCUGGCAAAGGUCCCUGCCAACUCCACCAGUAACAUCUUGAACAGGUUACUGAUCAGCUACGACCCCCGAAUACGCCCCAACUUCAAAGGAAUCCCAGUGGAAGACCGCGUCAAUAUCUUCAUCAACAGCUUCGGCUCUAUCCAAGAGACCACGAUGGACUACCGUGUGAAUAUCUUCCUGAGGCAACGCUGGAACGACCCACGCCUGAAGCUCCCCACAGAGUUCAAGUCCGAGUCUCUGACAGUGGACCCGGGCAUGUUCAAGUGUCUGUGGAAACCGGACCUGUUCUUCGCCAACGAGAAGAGCGCCAAUUUCCAUGAUGUGACGCAGGACAACAUUCUGCUGUUCAUCUUCAGGAACGGAGACGUGCUGAUCAGCAUGAGGCUGUCCGUCACCCUGUCCUGCCCGCUGGACCUCACGCUCUUCCCAAUGGACACGCAGCGCUGCAAGAUGCAACUGGAGAGCUUUGGCUAUACCACAGACGACCUGCAGUUCAUGUGGCAGACCGGAGACCCGGUGCAGAUGGAUGCCAUUGCGCUGCCGCAGUUCGACAUCCGACAGGAGGACAUCGACUAUGGAAACUGCACCAAGUUCUACUCAGGCACCGGUUACUACACAUGUGUGGAGGUGACCUUCACACUCAGGCGGCAGGUGGGCUUCUACAUGAUGGGAGUGUACGCUCCCACUCUGCUCAUCGUUGUGCUGUCCUGGCUCUCCUUCUGGAUCAACCCUGACGCCAGUGCAGCCCGGGUGCCCCUGGGCAUCCUCUCUGUGCUUUCCCUGUCGUCUGAGUGCACGUCUCUGGCCUCGGAGCUUCCCAAAGUGUCAUAUGUGAAGGCCAUCGACAUCUGGCUCAUCGCAUGCCUGCUGUUUGGCUUUGCGUCGCUGGUGGAGUACGCCGUGGUGCAAGUGAUGCUCAACAGCCCUAAGCGCAUUGAGGCAGAAAAGGCCAAGAUAGCAGCCAAGGAAAAGGCACUGGGGAGGAGCCAAGGCCCAAGGAACAACACGGUGAACGGGACCGGAGGCACACCGCUGCACGUCAGCACACUGCAUGUGGCAGAGACCCGUUGUAAGAAAGUGUGCACCUCUAAGUCGGACCUGCGCACCAACGACUUCAGUAUUGUGGGCUCUCUGCCGCGGGACUUUGAGCUCUCCAACUUUGACUGCUACGGGAAACCAAUCGAUAUCAGCGGAAUUCAUGGCAAGUUGCAUGCCAAGGGGGGCAAGAGACCGCCACCCCCCAAAGCGAUCAUCCCCUCCGCCGCCAAGAGGGUAGACCUGUACGCACGUGCGCUUUUCCCCUUCUCCUUCCUCUUCUUCAACGUCAUCUACUGGUCCUGCUACUUGUGA